AUGAACAUCAACUUCCAACUUCCUACUUUCAUCACCAACUUCUCUUCUUCACCGAAACCUCAAUUGAUCAGCUCCCGACUUCUCCUUCUUCUAAAAACUCAGCCUCAUCAACAUUGGCUCUCUUCAGCUGAUCUUCCCUCCCUCUCAGAGGCAAUGCCGCUCGUCAGCACCUGCGAGCUGAGCGGCAUCAAGCUCAACGGCCUCGCUCCUCGAUCCUGCGAGCUGUGCCGCAAGCGCAAAGAUGGCAUCCAACGCUGUGCUUCAUGCCAGUCGAUCUGGUACUGCUCAAAGGAUUGUCAAGCAGAAGACUGGCCGGACCACAAGAUCCCGUGCAAACUGAUCAAGAAGGCGCGGACUCUAUACGAGAAGGAGGAGAAGACGCUACGUGAGGAUCCCGACAACUUCUUUGAGGAACACGUCGGCCGCUUCUGGCGCAUCGUGGAAACCCGCGACUACAUGCGCGCCCGCUAUAAUUAUGUUGACACAAUGCUCAUGAGCUACGGUACCGCCAACAGCCCUGUCGACUUGGCCGAAACCUGCCUUCGUCAUCUCCUGGACAUGCUGCGCUUGAGUCGUAGCGACAGCCUGGGCGUGCGAGACCUUGUUCCCGCGCUGUACAUUCGACUCGGCCGGGACCAGGACGCCUACGACUUCGUCAAGUGGUACGCAACCGCCGGCCAGGAUCCUCACUACGACUGGGCCAACAUGAGCCUACCAUUCCUCAACGUCAAGGACGCGGAUGUCUUUGAGGAGCCCCCCAGCGGAUUGGUGCGCUCCAGUUUCAUGGCAUUGAGCCACGCCGCGGCGCUGGUGCUCAUCAAGGUGCGAAUCCUGCUCGACCUCCAGGCCAUCCAGAAUGCCCGGAUUGCCCUCAAGGGCUCCAUUCCAGCCGAGGUCAUUGAGAUGAUUCGCGGGCAGCUUGUCGGCAACGUUGUCGGGGCACGGCAGGACAUUCUCCUCGCACAGCCGGAAGAGACAUCGCAGCUCGUCGACAAGAUCAAGAGGCAGGUCCAGGCGCUGUAUAGAGCCGUCAAGGCAUACAAUCCGCACUUUUGGAAGCUGCUCGUCAACCAUCCGGAUGCUGGCGUUUUGCGCAGACCCUCCCACGCGUACUCUCUCCAGACGGAGGACGAAGCCUUGCUGGUGCUCGGAUACAACUACGCUGCGUGGUACGAGACGCCGGGAGCGGUCGACAUGCUCAAGGGUUUGGGCAAGUGA